GCUACGCCUACUUUUAGACGACGUGCGUUCGGAUUGGCUGACUCGGCCAUCCCGGAUUCACCCCUGCGCGUCCACAGCUGUCCUAUUCUCGACGCGCGGCUAGUGUUGCGGCGUAACUCGGCCGCCGGGCGACGAGGGGAACGGAGCCGCGGCCGACUGCUUACGCGGGCGGCGUAACAAACGUGCGUAGCGACAAAGACGGCGAGCCGAAGACCUAUGGGGAAGGAAUAAAAAGGAAAUUCAGAAUCGUCGCACCCGUCCCAAAGACCGUCAUUUCUCGAAGCGCGCCUUAGCUCGCCGAGGGCCCCCCUUUCUGGAAGAGCGGAAUUCGACGGCGGCGAGAGCGGGAUUUCAGCCGUGCCGAGAGAACCUGGAAAUCGUCGGCGGCUGAGGAUUGAGCAAUUGGCAGAUUUUUCCCCCUGAAUCGUCAGCAGGCUAGGGUAUAGCGAGGGAGCCGCCAUGGCAGUCGGAUCGCUGAGCCUCCACAUCGGGAUAUGAAGAGGAACCGCACAGCCCCGAAUCCUUGAGGGAAGAAAAAAACCAAAACCCCCCCGCACACAGAAAUCUGACCCACGCAGGAUCGGUUUGUUUUAAUUGUGUAUCUCACGCCGGUCUCACAAUUGUGCCCACCAUCCGCGUCGAGGCAGCAAUCGCCAGCGGUUUUAUUCCGGGGGAGCCGAGGGGAGAGUCCAGAUCCAUGACUAUUUUAGUCCAAGACGCGUCUCCGAAGGCCUGCUGAGAGAAAACGAGGAACGUAAAGGAGAAACGAUGCUCUGAUCGGAGCGCCGCUGGCAAAAGAAAGGGUAGUCGUGUGUGUGUGUGUGUGUGUGUAGACGGGUGGGACGAUCCGCCGUUAGAGACCGUGGAUACGAGGGAGCCGUUUUCUUCCCGGUGAAUUACACCGAAUCCCAGGACUGUCAUCCGCUUUGGAUGAAAAGGUUCGGCGAGAUUUUCCAGCCUUGCCACUUUAGCGAGUUACGGUCUCUUAACCGAGAGAACCCGAGGGGAUUGGAUGAUGUCGGGUCGGCCCAGAACCACCUCCUUCGCGGAGAGCUGCAAACCAGUGCCGCAGCCAUCGGCGUUCGGCAGCAUGAAAGUCAGCAGGGAUAAGGAUGGCAGCAAGGUAACGACGGUCAUGGCCACCCCAGGCCAAGGCCCCGACAGGCCACAGGAGGUGAGCUACACAGACACCAAGGUGAUCGGCAACGGCUCAUUCGGCGUGGUGUACCAGGCAAAGCUCUGUGACUCCGGCGAGCUGGUGGCCAUCAAGAAGGUCCUGCAGGACAAGAGGUUUAAGAACCGCGAGCUGCAGAUCAUGAGGAAGUUGGACCACUGCAACAUAGUCCGCCUCCGCUACUUCUUCUACUCCAGUGGAGAUAAGAAAGAUGAGGUGUAUCUAAAUUUGGUUCUGGACUAUGUCCCUGAGACGGUCUACAGAGUGGCCAGACAUUACAGCCGAGCCAAACAAACCCUUCCUAUGGUCUAUGUCAAGUUGUACAUGUAUCAGCUGUUUAGGAGCCUGGCCUACAUCCAUUCGUUUGGGAUCUGCCAUCGGGACAUCAAGCCUCAGAACCUGCUGCUCGAUCCGGAGACCGCGGUGCUCAAACUCUGUGACUUCGGCAGUGCGAAACAGCUGGUCCGUGGAGAACCCAACGUGUCCUACAUCUGCUCUCGCUACUACCGAGCCCCUGAGCUCAUCUUUGGUGCCACCGACUACACCUCCAGCAUAGAUGUGUGGUCAGCUGGCUGUGUGCUUGCAGAGCUGUUGCUAGGACAACCAAUCUUCCCUGGCGACAGUGGAGUGGAUCAAUUGGUCGAAAUUAUCAAGGUUCUUGGUACGCCUACUCGAGAGCAGAUUCGAGAGAUGAACCCAAACUACACAGAGUUUAAAUUCCCCCAGAUCAAGGCACACCCUUGGACUAAGGUGAGUCAACAGGUGUUCCGGCCGCGCACUCCCCCCGAGGCCAUCGCGCUGUGUUCUCGCCUGCUAGAGUACACGCCUACAGCCCGCCUCACCCCGCUGGAGGCAUGCGCUCAUUCCUUCUUUGACGAGCUGCGUGACCCCAACGUCAAACUGCCCAAUGGGAGAGAGAAGCCCUCCCUCUUCAACUUCACCACCCAGGAGCUGUCCAGUAAUCCCUCCCUGGCCUCCAUCCUCAUCCCUGCCCAUGCCCGCAGCCAGGCGGCAGCUUCCACCCCAACCAACACCUCUGCCACUACAGAUGGUAGCACCACAGAGCGAGGCCCCAGUACCAACACUGCCUCUGCAUCUGCCUCCAACUCCACCUCCUGAACCCUCAUGUGAUCUCCUCCACCUCAGCCCCAGCCCACGGCCCCUCCAUCGCCCCGGCCAGGGGGUGAGCUCUGUUCUACUCCGCUCCCUCCUACUCUUCUCAACUCUACUCAACUCAACUCGACUCUUAUUUUACUCCACCCACGACUGCAGCGGAGGGGUGCUGACAGAGCUGGGGUUCGACAGCUGGCAAACAGUCCUUCAGCACGACCACAACAACAAACUACCCCCAUCUGCCUCUCUUGUCUCCCAACUGGCCCCCUGCCCGGCUGUUUGAAUUCAACUCCAUGCUUCGUCGAAGACAUCUGUCCCUGUGUCAUCGGCAUGGAGGCCAAGUGCGGGGGCAGAGGAGAGGCCGUCGACUGUACUCUUUAUGAAAGUACACUGUACAUGUAUACACAAUGCUAGCCUGCUAAUGUUUGUGAGAGGAUGUAUUGUAAAGAAAAAAAAAAGGUCAUAAGUCCCAAGCUGGUCCCCUUCACCCUUCUAUAUUUAACUAAUAACUAUCUGGCCUGGUCUUACCGUCUCCACCACCCCAUAGUUCCUAUUUCCCUAUUCCCUCAUUUGCCCCCCCCCCGCAUCCCUGUGUACCCCUGGCCGGUGCCCCUCCCUGGUUCCUCCUGUAGUGCAUGGCCUGAGUAUGGAUAGGAUCGCCCAGGGUCCCCCCACCAUCCAAAUGUUCACCCACGACAUUGACUUCCAGUCGCGCUGACUAGGCAUGAGGCUCACGCACACAUAUACAUACGCCUGCGAGUGCGCGCGCACACACACACACACACACACACACACACACACACACACAUAAACACACAAGCUGACCUACUCACAUGCGCAAAUUCUCACACACGAAUGCAUGAUGAUUUUGAUAUAUGUGGAAAG